AUGCGCGAAGACCUCACGGAUGAUAUGGGCUCUGAUCGAAACUAUACCUGGUUUGAGAUGGAUUUCUUCACUCACUGGACAGCGCCGAACCGUUGUCGCGUGUUGUGCAUCGACACUCCUCCGAGUUUCCAGGCGGCGCUUCUUGCAAGCCUCCAGGAGUUGUCGGCCAUUCGCACAGCCGACGGGUGCGCUAUGAUUCGAGCUGUGGUCACUGAACUCAUCAGUGUCCUGGACAGGUCGGUCUGGCGACUGCGAGACCAUGUCCGUAGUUUAGAACAGGCUCGUCGAAGCCGACAGAAGCACUUCGACGACAUGCAUGAUCUCGCUCGACACGGGACGCAGCUUUCUGAGGUCUUGGAUGUGUCGGUCCAGUCACUGGAAAGGUUAUGUGAGUAUCAAGAUACGAUGCAUGACAGACAUCAAUCAGAACUGUCGUUGAACUACCGCGUGCAAGCUGCCGAAUCCCUCCGCUUCCAGACUCAGGCUGUACAUAAUCUGAAGUUGCGCUCUGACGCCAACAAUCAGCGUCUCCAGAACGAAUUGACCCUGGCAUUCUACAGCGUGGCUAGUAUGGAGAACUCGGUCAUCAAGUCGAUCACCAUCCUGACUAUGUUCUUUUUACCAGCUACUUACAUCUGUGCCUUGUUCAGCACCACCUUUUUCUCAUUCGGCGCACAAGGUUUGGAAGUGUCGGGCAAGUUCUGGCUCUACUGGGCAGUCACCAUCCCGGCCACUGCGUCCAUUGUCAUGGGAUACUGGUUGUUCUUGAGGGGCGCGAUACGGAACAGACAGCCAAGGGGAAGCAUACGUCUGUCCCACGUUGCCUCGGGGCACUGA